GUGCUCUUUGACUCCAAAUAUUGUUACUGAGAUAUAGGCAAAACAACUUCCCAUGUGACAACUAGUCCCAAUUGUAUUAAUAUGCAUAGUUGUGGUAUUGUCACAUCACGUCAUGUCAUUAUAUUUUCCCCCCUAGGACUCUUAAUUUGAAAUUUAUAAGGACCCUUAGUUUGAAAGUUCCUUUGUUUCCCUCCACUGUCUCUGUCUUCAGUCCCUUGCCCUAGUUGUAUCACAGGAGUUCCUCGUCGUCUUGUUAGCCCCUGUGUAUGUAUGCCCUCUUGUUCGUGGUUCCUUUGUUGGUCGUUGUUGGUAUGUUUGUAUGUAGCACUUUGUUAACCAGCGUAUUGCUGUUAGACAACCCUGACAGAAGGACCGACCAGCAAAAUGGAUCCAGCAGAACUUAUUGAGCAGCUUUCCCAAGGGUCCACUUCUGCAGCUGAGUACUGCCUCAAAUUCUGGAGUCUGGCCACCAAAUUGUACUAGCAUGAGAUGGCCGGUUGAGGAAACUGGUCCCUUUGGACUGUGAUCGUCUUCUCUUCUAGAUUUUCUCUCUGAAAUCAUAAGGGCAGACCUUCUACUCCGUCAUCCUGCCGCUACAAAUCAUAAAGUCAGACCUUCUGCUCUCAGCUCCGGUGGUUCCGGAGACCCCCUCGACAGAGGCCCCUGUGCUCUCAGCUCUGGUGGACCGGGAUACCCCCUCGACAGAGUCCGUCCCCCUGCUGCUGCCUAAGCCUGACACAGUCAAUGAGCCAGCACCUGCGCCUGCCAUGGUCAACGAGACAGUCCCUGAAGCCUCUGCCGUCCCAGAGCUAGCGUUUGAAGCCUUGCCUGUCCCAGAGCUAGCAUUUGAAGCCUCAUCCGUCCCAGAGCCAGCACAUGAGUUCCAGGCUGCCUUGACCCCUGAACCCCCCAAGCCUUCCGCACCUUCACCCUCCGAGCCUUCCACAGCUCCACCCUCCGAGCCUUCCGCAGCUCCACCCUCCGAGCCUUCCGCUGCUCCGCCCUCCAAGCCUUCUUCUGAGACUCUUCCUCCAGCAGCUCCACCCGCUCCUCCUCCUGUGGCUUCGCCUCCUGAGACUCAAUGCCCUGAGCCUACUGUGGCUCUGCCUGCUUCCCCUCAUGUGUCUCCGCCUGCUUCUCCUGUGGCUCCGCCCCCUCCGGUUCCACCUCAUGAAACUCAAUUCCCUGAGCCUACUGUGGCUUUGCCCGCUCCUUCUCUAGCAACUCUGCCUGCUCCUUCUUCUAAGACUCCAGCGGCUCGGCCCGCUCCCCCUCAAGCAGCUCUUCCCAUUUCUCCUCCUGUGGCUCUGCCCCCUCGGGCUCUGCCUCAUGAGACUCAAUCCCCUGAUCCCACUUCCAAAGCUCUGCCCACUGAUCCCUUGCCUCCUGAGCCUCCAUCCCUGCCAGCUCCGCCCCGUGAGUCUUCGCCCCCUGCGGCUCUGUACCCUGAGUCUCCACCUUCUGCCCCAUGAUAUUCCGAUAUGCCACUCUGCCUUGUCAGGCCCUGUUCUGCAGCCCAGGCCUCCUCCCAGACCUCUGGCCCUUUAAUACUGCUGUGAUGUUUGCGUUACCUUCAUAAGAUUCCUUCUGAGUUGUAUUCUCUUCUGUUUGUUUAUAAUUAAAA